GGAGGUCACCCCGUGUUUGAGGAGGGCAGCAGCAGCCCCCAAUUGGCGUCGAUUUCCAGAACAUGUACAAUUGAGAGUUCGACUAUUGACUUUCCACCUUCACCCCAUCGUCAUCCCGCCGUUGUAAGGUCGUCCUUGUGCUGAGUGGGCAUAUGACACCUCUUUGAGUUUGUGCCACCCCUGUCAGGUACAACAUUGCCCGCAACACGGCCAACUGCCAACACCGUCAUCGCGAUCGCACAUCGACGACCAGCAUACGCAAACAGGCCGAACGAGCCCAGGCUUUUGCGAUCGCGAUUGCACCCCAGGUACCUUAAGAGCUGCAGCCCCGCCGGUCGGACAUCACCAACGCUCGCUAGCCUCCUGAUAGACAGCCUCGGGUCAGGCUUCUCCGAUAACGCCGCAAGCAUGGCGCACCAACAACACUACGAUCACUACGCGCAGCCGCAACAGCAGCAGCAAUACUACGACCAAGGCAGGCCACAACAGAGGCAGCAGCAGCAGCAAUACCAGAAUUAUGACAAUCAAUACGACCAACAACAAUACUACGACUACGAUUACGGCUAUGACCAGGGCGGCCACGAGCAAUGGAAUAACGGACACUAUGACCAGCAAGGAGGAUGGGACAACGCGCAGCAGCACGGCGGCUAUCAGCACGUGAAUGGGCACUCGAGGCCAGCCCAGCCAGAUCAGCGCCGCAGACCACCGCCGCAAGACCAGUACUAUCAGGAGGAGGCAUACAGCGACCAGCAUUACCAGCAGUCACCCCCGCAAAACCCAGGACGAAGACCGCCUCCUCAGAGUCAGCGUCCUCAGCAACAAGCCUACAAUGAGCCUUCGCGACAACGACCACCACCACAACAACAACAGGAUCCGCGAGGCCGGCCGAAAGGUCAAGGGAAUGCGCCGCCGCUCAACACACAGAAUGGACGAGGUGUCCAGAGGCCACCAGGCCUGGACCGCUCCCUCUUCAACCCAACAUCACCCAAGAGUCUUGCCUACGACAACCCCUUUCCGACGUUUCCUUCUCAAAAGCAACCUCAAGCUGGCGCGAAGCCCAUCGAGAAGAGCAUGGCACAGAUGAACAUCAAGGACGGCGGAGGACAGCCGAAGCCUACAGGCCCGUCUGGGCGAGGACAGCCUAUGCCACCGCAGAACCGUGGCGCACCACAGCAGAGGUCAAUACCCAACCCACGGCAGGAUUCAGGACAUUUCGAAGGCCAGGGUCAACGCAAUGCCCCUAAUCGCAUGCCGCCCGGACAGCGACCACCACCCAUGAACGCCGAUGCUAGUCGAGGACAGCAGCCACAUCGCACAUCGGAUCCGAUGUCGCGAGCUUUCGGUCCAAACACACAGCGAUCUGUGACAAUGCCUCAGACACUACCAAACGGAAAUCAGGGUGGCUACAACGGUCAGCAAGAGUUCGCUGAGCCUGGUGCUGUGUCCGGCUAUUAUGGACCUGCAUCGCCAGAUCACAUCCCCCCUAGGCCUUCAACUGCGGGCGGUGUGAGACAAAACGGGCCACCAAUGCAGCAGGGACCUAGGCCUCCAUUGCCUCAAGCGCCGCAACAGCAGCCACCAUCGCAAUAUCAACUUGACCAGCGUCAAGCGCCAAUCCAGCAGCAACAGGCUCAGGGUGGCGAACCGGCACUGGAUGACUUCUACGAUGACUACUAUGGGCAGAGCGACUCUGCGAUGGACAUGCCCAACUUUGACGCCAUCCCAGAGACCAACAACAAGCAUCGCAGAGGUGAUUCAAUCGACAACCACUUGACUCCUUCUAACGAUACGCGCUAUGCCCCACCACCUGCUCCCAUGAACUCGGGAUCUGGCAAUCCUCAGGGCCAGAUGCAGCGAAGUCGGUCACAGCCAGAUCUUAACGGGCAGUACGCAAAUGGCGUACAUGAGAUGGCUGCAGAUGCACCCCCAAUGCCGGGCCCUUCAAGGGCGAACACUGGCUUUGGAGGCCCGAAUGGUCUACCCAACGGUGUGCGAGGACGAGGGCCGCCUCAGAGGGGAAUGACAGGUGAUGGCAUGCAAGGUGGACCACCUAACCAAGGCCCCAUGCAUGGGCAACCGCCAAACUUCGACCCAAGAUAUGGAAGGCCACCGCCAGGUCCCCAAAGGGUGUACUCGGACGAGACUACCUAUUCAGAGCCGCCUCCAAACAUGAACAGGAACUUCGCAUCGCCCGCACCCGGAAACCCUAUUCAGCGACCAGGAACAGCUGCACCUGCACCGGGACGAAAUGCAAGCGAUCCAAUGGGCAGAAGACCUGGCACUACUCAGCCACCGUCGAAUCCAGACGCAUUGCCCGCGCACCCGAUGCCUGUGCGGCAAGGCCUCAUGCAGCAGCCACCGCGGCAGCAACAACAGGCGAACCAGCCUCAGGCGCCUCAGAACGCAAGACCGCCGCCUGUCAGACAAUACAACAGUGAACCUGGACGCCCCAGUAUCGAAAGCCAACAGUCUUCUACACAGCGGAACAGCGGAACAGGCGCAGCUCCUCAUCCAGUAACUUACGACGAGCUAAACAGGCUACGCAACACGUGGAAGCAAAACCCCAAUGACAUUCCUACGGGUCUGAAACUAGCGAAGAAGCUCGUAGAAGCAUCGAGCGUACUCGCCGAUGAAGGAGGCACAGCCGACGCCAGGACGAAGAACAAGAACCGAGAGAAGUUCAUUCUGGAAGCCCACAAGAUCAUCAAGAAGCUAGUCAGCAAUGGCUCACCGGAUGCAAUGUUCUAUCUCGCCGAUUGUUACGGAUCAGGAGGGCUUGGCUUGCAAGUGGACACCAAGGAGGCAUUCACGCUCUAUCAAUCAGCCGCCAAAGGGGGCCAUGCCGCAAGUGCAUACCGUACAGCUGUCUGCUGCGAGAUGGGUCAUGAAGAAGGCGGUGGCACCAAGAAGGAUCCCCUCAAAGCCGUCCAGUGGUAUCGACGUGCCGCCGCGUUGGGCGAUCCCCCUGCCAUGUACAAAAUGGGCAUGAUUCUUCUCAAGGGGCUUUUGGGCCAGCAAAAGAACUUCGGUGAAGCCAUCAACAUGCUCAAACGAGCCGCUGAUCGAGCCGAUCGUGACAACCCCCACGCACUCCACGAAUUGGCCCUCAUCUACGAAGCGCAAACCGGCAACGAACGCGUUAUACACGACGAAGCGUACGCGCUACAGCUCUUCCAUCAAGCGGCCGAUCUUGGCUACAAGUUCUCUCAAUUCCGGCUCGGACAGGCCUACGAGUACGGGCUCCUGGGUUGCCCAAUCGACGCACGUACCAGUAUCGCUUGGUACACCAAAGCCGCUGCCCAGGAGGAACACCAGAGUGAACUCGCACUCUCAGGUUGGUACCUAACAGGUACCUCGGGCAUACUGGAACAGAGCGACACCGAAGCCUACCUCUGGGCACGGAAAGCAGCGUGCGCGGAACCGCCACUGCCAAAGGCGCUGUUCGCCAUGGGCUACUUCACUGAAGUGGGUAUAGGCUGCCCACGCAGUUUGGACGAGGCGAAGCGGUGGUAUGGACGAGCUGCAGCAUACAAAUUCCCCAAAGCUCAAGAGCGUCUUGAGGAGCUCAAGCGUGGUGGAAGUAAAGUGCAGAUGAAGCGUGAACGUCUUAGUCGGACAAAUCAGAAGCAACAAGAGGAGAAUUGCACGGUUAUGUAGUUGAGUAUUGUACUGUACUAUCAUCUGGAUGAUUUGUUUUCAAGCACAUUUCACGUGCGUUUUUCUGGUAUCGCUGGCGUUGAGCAUGGAGUUUAAGUUGAAGCAUUGAUGGCGUCUGCUGUUCUGGUACGUUUUGAUAUACAACUUGAUCGAGGACGAACGUUGAAUACAGUGUUCAAUCAAACAAGUCCACAACAAAACCAAGUCCCGUGAAGCUGACACCCCCCCUCGUCAUUAAAACACCAUCCCAUCACGCCCCCUUCUCCAACUUCCAUAUCUCCGCCUCCACCCUCUCAAGCUCUUUAAGUAACCCCUCCUUCCUCUUCGCCAAAUCCCUCAUCCCCUUCUCACCCGCCUUCCCAUACAAUUCCAACUCUCGUCGAGCUAACGCCUCGCGGUCCCAAAGCGCUC